CACACUGCGAACGGUGACUCUUCGUUCGUCCGUCGUUCCAUCAAAGUGUGCCAAAAGCAGAAAGCAGAAAAACGCGAAAAAACGGAUCGAUAAGUUCACUGCGCUUUUUCCGCAUUUUGAUCUCGUAAAUUUUACUCGAGGAGAGUUUGAGUUUACGACCCGUGUGUCCGCAGAAGGACCCGUGAGAUUCCGCGUCAGUUCCGUAGUUCGUUCUGCCACAACUUUGAAGAAGGGACCCGAAUCAUCGCCGGAGGAGGAAAAACGCAGUGAGCAAACGCGAUCGGAGAAAAACAAGGUGCGACGAAGAUGGAAGCUCUCAUACCGGUGGUGAACAAGCUGCAGGAUGUUUUCAACACGGUCGGUUCGGACGCGAUCCAGCUGCCGCAGAUUGUCGUGCUGGGAAGUCAGAGUUCCGGUAAAAGUUCCGUCAUCGAGAGUCUUGUCGGCCGGACGUUCCUGCCUCGAGGCACCGGUAUUGUGACGCGUCGCCCGUUGAUUCUGCAGCUUGUGUACACGCCCCUCGAUGACCGAGAGCACCGUUCGUCCGAUCUCGGCACGGUCAACGUCGAGGAAUGGGGCCGCUUCCUGCACAUCAAGAACAAGAUUUUCUCCGACUUUGAGGACAUCCGACGCGAGAUUGAAAACGAAACGGACCGAAUGGCUGGCAGUAAUAAAGGAAUCUGCCCGGAACCGAUUAACUUGAAGAUUUACUCGACCAAAGUGGUCAAUUUGACACUGGUGGAUUUGCCGGGUAUUACUAAGGUCCCCGUCGGAGAUCAACCGGAGGAUAUCGAGGCACAGAUCAAGGAUUUGCUGUUGAAGUACAUUGAGAAUCCGAACUCGAUCAUUUUAGCCGUUACGGCAGCCAAUACGGACAUGGCGACCAGCGAGUCGCUGAAGAUGGCCAAGGAUGUGGAUCCGGAUGGUCGGAGAACUUUGGCAGUGCUGACGAAGCUGGAUUUGAUGGACGCAGGAACGGAUGCCAUUGACAUUCUCUGCGGACGAGUCAUUCCGGUGAAGUUAGGAAUUAUUGGCGUAGUGAAUCGCUCCCAGCAGGACAUAAACGAUAAGAAGAUGAUUGAAGAACAGUUGCGAGAUGAAGCGGCGUAUUUGCAGAGGAAAUAUCCCACAUUGGCCACACGCAAUGGUACGCCCUAUUUGGCCAAGACGCUAAACCGUUUGCUGAUGCAUCACAUUCGUGAUUGUCUGCCGGAUCUUAAAACACGAGUGAAUGUUAUGGCCUCCCAGUUUCAGUCUCUGUUGAAUUCGUAUGGAGAGGACGUUACUGAUAAGAGUCAGUGUUUGCUGCAAAUUAUUACCAAGUUUGCUUCAGCUUAUUGUUCCACAAUUGAGGGCACAUCUCGAAACAUCGAGACAACUGAACUUUGCGGAGGAGCUCGUAUCUGCUAUAUUUUCCACGAAACUUUCGGCAAAACUUUGGACUCGAUACACCCUCUGACGGGUUUGACAAAGAUGGACAUUCUGACCGCCAUCCGGAAUGCAACUGGUCCGCGACCUGCUCUCUUCGUGCCGGAGGUCAGUUUCGAACUGCUGGUCAAACGGCAAAUUAGAAGACUGGAAGAACCUUCCCUCCGAUGCGUUGAACUUAUCCACGAGGAAAUGCAACGCAUAAUCCAGCACUGUGGAACCGAAGUUCAGCAAGAAAUGCUUCGAUUCCCAAAACUGCAUGAGAAGAUAGUUGACGUUGUUACCCAGCUUCUUCGCCGGCGCCUCCCGACAACCAACUGCAUGGUGGAGAACCUGGUUCAAAUCGAGCUCGCAUACAUCAACACGAAGCACCCAGACUUCCACAAGGAUGCCGCUUUGGUGCCCAGUCUUCUCAAGACCGACUCCCAGGAUCAAUGGUCUCAUCUGCACCAACCCGGAAAUCCACCGAGUCGUCGGGCUAUAGCUCGUCCAAACCCCCAACCUGCUCCACCGGUUGCCGCACCGCAAAAUGAAACCCCAGAAAUGAAUCACAUCAAUGAUCAAACUUCGAACUGGCUGUCCAACAUUCUACCGCCGGCGGUGGGACAGUUUGCUGCUGCCGGAAUGGCGUCCUCCAUUCCGUCGGAAAGCGUCGAAAGCUCGGCCACCAACACUCCCACCCAUGGAGUGCUGAGUCCAUCGAAACCGGUCAAUCUGCUGCCGGACGUGCCGAUCAAUCACUCGUCGCGCAAGCUAACCGACAAGGAACAGAAGGACUGCGAUGUGAUUGAACGUCUCAUCAAAUCGUACUUCUACAUUGUGCGCAAAUCGAUCCAAGAUUCCGUGCCGAAAGCGAUCAUGCACUUUUUGGUGAACUUCGUCAAGGAUAACCUUCAGUCGGAACUGGUGACGCAUCUGUACAAGUCCGACUCGGCCAACGAGCUGCUGAAUGAGUCGGAUCACAUCUCGAUUCGCCGUAAGGAAGCUAGCGAUAUGCUUAAGGCACUGACACGUGCAAACCACAUUAUCAGUGAGAUCCGUGAAACGCACAUGUGGUAAGGAUUGCAUUUCACUCACGCGAAGGGGUGAUUCGUCGUUUAUUUUUCUCUAUUUGUUACUGUUUAGGUGAUGAAGAAACUUUAGCGUUUAAGGGUUGCUUCUAACCGGGGUUUGUUUGAAUUUGAACCGCGCGAAUCCCAUUCUCCUGUUACAUUUGUGGUAUGCAUUGUAAGACGAUUGUAUUUUAGAAGUCAAACAUUUAGGAAGUCUGCUAGUGCUAUUAGCUUUAAUUUAACAUUGAACAUGAUACACAUCUUAGGUAAUCGCAAAUUCGACUUUCACUGUUUAGUCUGGCACCAUUUGAUAUAACAUUAUUGUGCAUUUUUUUUCUGCAGAAGUCUCCGAUGAGAUGAAUGUUCUCAAGGCUCCUAGUCUUAUUCUUCGUAUUCAACGAUAUUAUUUCUAUUUGUUACCUCUAAGUUUUGCUCAAUGUUCAUCUUAUGUAUUUCCAUUUCUAACUGUAAACCGCCAAGAAAGUCCCAUCGAUCCAAGCGUUUGCGGUUGGAUUUCGCAAAAAGACAUCGUCCUAAGAUACUUAAACAAUUACUAAUAUUCCCCUCUUUCCGUUUUUGUCAUACCAAACAACUGUUAGGAAUUUAUAACGUGCAUUAGAAAAUUUACCCUCGAAGCAUUUGAAUCCUAGUAACUAUCGCUUUGUAACUUUGUCAGAAAAUUAUUACUUCUGGACUUUUUUCCGAUGCCGACACUGGAUACUGAUUUCAAUUUGUCGAAAAAGAAUCUAUGAACUCGGCAAACUAAAAUGAUCGGUGACUAACUGAAAAUAAAUAAACGGACAAAUUCUGUUAUAUGCUCGUAUACUUCGACCAAAGAUUGAAUCGCGCGAGCAUUACACACUUAGUAUAAUCAUGCACUGAUAAUGGAAAGUUUGCACCGCUAGAACCUUACAGAAAUUAUCUAAAAUAAUUCACAGAUAUCUAAUAAUACACACAAUGUUAAGAUGGAAAAAAGCAUGAAGAAGAUAUAACUUGCUAGAAGCAAGGAAUUUAGCUAAUACAGCCCUUAUUGAUUCGAAACAUCAACGGUCAGAAUCAAAUACAUGCGUUCGAAGUUGUUAAGCAGAGACAGAAUUAAAUUGUGGAGCAAUGUCUAUGUAGCCAUCUGAA